AUGUUGGAUUGCCCAACACAUUUCUAUAUACUCUGUCUAUUUAUAUCUAUCUAUCUAUCUAUCUAUCUAUCUAUCUAUCUAUCUAUCUAUCUUUAUAUAUAUAUAGUUACCAAGUCAAAUGAACAUUUAAUUUUCUAUCUAUCUACUUAUCUAUCUAUCUAUCUAUCUAUCUACUUAUCUAUCUAUCUAUCUAUCUACUUAUCUAUCUAUCUAUCUAUCUACUUAUCUAUCUAUCUAUCUAUCUACUUAUCUAUCUAUCUAUCUAUCUACUUAUCUAUCUAUCUAUCUAUCUACUUAUCUAUCUAUCUACUUCUAUCUAUCUAUCUACUUAUCUAUCUAUCUAUCUACUUUAUCUAUCUAUCUAUCUACUUAUCUAUCUAUCUAUCUACUUAUCUAUCUAUCUAUCUACUUAUCUAUCUAUCUAUCUAUCUAUCUACUUAUCUAUAUUUUUAUAUAUAUAUAUAUAUAUAUAUAUCCAUUGCACCUUGUAUAGCUCCUGAAUUUGUAAUAUUUAUUUUUAUUUUACUUUAUUUGCUUUCAUUUCUCCUCUUUUCUGUUCUCUCAUUCCUGACUUUUUCUUUUCUCAUUUUUAAUUUUCUUUUUACUCCUUUGUUUUUUUUCUCUUUUUCUUUUCUUUUUCUUCCGUCUUUUUUUCUCUUUUUCUUUUCUUUUUCUUCCGUCUUUUUUGCUAUUUUUCUUUUCUUUUUCUUCCGUCUUUUUUGCUAUUUUUCUUUUCUUUUUAAUCUUUUCUCAUCUUCCUUUGCUUUUUACUUUUCUGUUUCCUUUUUUUUUUUUUUUUUUUUAGACGAUACAUCGUUGACCAUUAUUAUCUUUUGA